ACGUAUCAAUAUUUUAUGAAAUACCAUUUUUUCUAAUACAUUUUAGUAAAUACGCUUGUUUAUCUAUUAUUAUUUAUUUAUAAGUUUAGACGUACAGGGACUUUUAUUUUGGCGGGUCUUGAAAGGUUGAUUCUCACCUGGAGAUACUAAAUACACUACCAAAAUACUAUUGCUAUUUUUUUUUACACACUUCUCUAAGGUUUGUGACUCUAAAUAUGCGUAACACCAGACUUUAAGUGAGAGUCAUGAGAUACAAUGGACUGGGAGAAACUGGAACUGAAUCCAAAGAUUAUUAUUGCUUUAAAGAAAGCCAAUUUGAACUCGGCGAAAAAGAUUCUGAGUCUUCCUGCUCCUGACCUGCAGAGACUUCUUCACCUGAGUGACUCUGAGGUCCAGCUGGUGCACAGUACAGUGGCCGCUCUGUACCGCCCACUCCCACCUGUGACAGCUUUACAGCUGACACUCGGAGAAUUUCCCUCUCUGGAGCCUGGACAUAAGCUUUCCUUUGCUUGUCCUGUUUUGGAUGAUCUCUUGAGCGGUGGACUUCCAUUGCAUGGGAUAACAGAGUUAGCAGGCGAAAGUGCUGCUGGAAAGACCCAGUUCGGUCUGCAGCUCUCAUUGUCUGUUCAGUAUUCACGUGAGCAUGGGGGACUCGGGGCAGGAGCUGUAUAUAUCUGCACUGAGGACCCUUUUCCCAUCAAACGGUUGAGGCAACUAAUUACCCAGCAGUCUCGGCUUCGCCCAGAUGUUCCACCGGCUGUGAUCCGCGCCAUCCGCUUCAGUGACAACAUCUACAUCGAACACACUGCAGACCUGGAAGCCCUGCAGAUGUGUGUGACACAGCGAGUGCGCACACUACUGGAGCGAGGUCUAGUGCGCCUCAUUGUGGUGGACUCAGUGGCUGCUCUGUUUCGUAGUGAGUUCCAGGCUGAUGAGGCCAUAGAGAGAGCACGUCACCUACUGGCCUUCUCCGCCACACUGCAUCGACUCAGUCAUACAUACAGUGCACCAGUCUUCUGCAUUAACCAGGUGUCAGACGUUGUAGAUGGACCAAACCCAGGCCGCUGUGAUUACGGACUGGUGGAAAGUAAGGUGCUUCCUGCUCUGGGUAUUACUUGGGCCAAUCAGGUGAUGGUGCGUCUCAUGCUGAGGAGACAGGAACGCUGUUUAAGAUCAGGGGAACAGACCAGUGCUGCACGCCGAUUAGAGGUGGUUUUUGCACCUCACCUGGCUCGAGCGAGCUGCCUGUGUGGAGUCUGGGAAGAAGGAGUUAGAGGAAUCACACAAGAAGGAAGCGUGGAAUAGUAUCAGCAUUAUCAACAAAAAAAGGAUUAGAGAAAAGAAUAAGAUUUUCUGGGGAUGAUGGACUUCAAUAACUGAGAAGCCGUAUUAAAAUAAAUACACAAAUAAUUAUAUUCUCUUUUUGUAUACAUAUAUGUUUGAUUUUGUCAAUAAACUUUAUUUUAUAUUCA